AUGUCUAUUCUCAGGGGAACAUCAGAUACUUUUGUAAUACAGGAUAUCUUGAUAUUUGACGGGAAGAACUUUAUCGAGAAGGGCUAUGUUGUUGUGACGAAUGGAAAAAUCAAAGAGCUGGGCUCAGGGUUGCCAGUGACGCCGACAGAUGUCCCUACAUACAGCAAACCAGGCUGCACUGUCAUACCUGGACUCAUCGACGCGCAUGUCCAUGCCCUCGGCGGAGAUGUUCAUUCCAUCGAACAGUCCAUCAGGUUUGGGGUCACUACAGUCCUCGAUAUGCAUAACGAAGCCGAGCACAAUGUUCAUUUGAGAAAGCUCUCAGCUGAGCCCUCGACCAAAGGAAAGUACUCAGAUUUCAAGUGUGCUGGGCUAGGUGCCAUGGUCAAAGGGGGUUGGCCAGAGCCUGUGGUCCGGAAAGUAUUCGAGCAAGCUGGCAAACCAGAGAUUGCCGAUACCAUGAUUUCCGCGUGGCCUAGGCUCGCGUCUGCCAGCGAAGCACCCGCCUUCGUCCAGUCACAAAUCGACGACAGCGGCGCGUCGUACAUCAAGCUCAUGCACGAGCUCGGCGACACGCUAUCUAUGACCGACCUUCCACGCCCACCACUGGACAUCCAAAGCGCAGUCGUCGACGCUGCCCACGAGCGUGGGAUCAUAGCAGUAGGCCACGCACUCAGCCACGCCGGCGCGAUGGACCUGCUCGCCGCUGGCGUCGACGGGCUCGCGCACUGCUUCCUCGACAAGCCUGCGGACAACGAGUGGAUCAAAACAAUGAAGGAGAAGGGAAUGCACUGCAGCCCAACCCUAUCGCUGUGUGCAUCACAGACGGGACAAGGAGGCCCGUUGCAGCAGCGCUUUGCGGAGGAUCCCCUGUCGCGGCGGAUGCAAUUUGACCCGCGGCCUCAGCUGGAUAUCGGGCUCGCGUGUAACAGCCGGCACAAUGCGAGUAUCGAAAACGUCUACGAGAAUACGAGGACAUUGUACCAAGCCGGAAUACCGCUCAUCGUGGGCUCCGAUGCGGCUGGCCAGGCCGUCGGGUCGGCUUUCGGGCUUGGGGUGCACAUGGAUAUCUACCAGCUGGUGCAUGAGAUUGGAAUGCAGCCGGAAGAGGCUCUCAGGAGUGCCACGUCUUUGACUGCGGAGAGGUUUGGAUUUAGUGACCGGGGCGUGAUUGAACCCGGAAGGCUUGCGGAUCUCGUUUUGCUAGAGGGCGAUGUCAGGAAGACCAUGGUAGAUGAGAACGCGUUAUGCUUGCCCAUCAGCAUGGUCUGGAGGGAAGGGGUUCUGGCUGAUGUCUUCAAGCCCUCUGAAUGA